UUCAUAUGAUUUCUUUAGUACACAGCAACCACUGCAGCAACGAAGUCAAAACUUCGGUUAAAUUUUUGUUCGAAUGGAGUGCGGUUUUGUGGUAGGGAAGAAUCAAAGAUUCGAAUCGGGUUGGAUUUAGAUACUAUUUUUUUUGUUUGUUUUGUUUUUGUUUAACGGCAACAACGACCAACGCCACAUUCUAAUUACUUUUGUAUACAUACGCGAUAAAUCAGAAAAUAUAAUUUGAUCUGAUUAGAGUGUGAUCGUGAGGUGGUGGAGGAAAUCUCCAACCAAAUGCGGAGAAUCAGUUUUUGUCGUGUGGAAAAUUUAAAUCGAAGUUGACCUUUACAUUAGAGGCUCUAUAGAGAGCUAGCUACACACCUAACAAUAUUGUGUAUCUGUGAAUUGACGAAACAAUCAACAAAUUUGCAUUUGCAAAUAACUUUUUUUUUUUUUUUGGUUUUUGUUUUUGAGAGUGAAACACUUGAGAACAGAACCCGCUACUGCCGCCGCCACCGGAGACUCUCGCAAAUACACGAGUAAAAUAGCGGCGUGCGCGGCAAUGCUAUAUUAUUUGCGGCAAAAGAGGUAUCCGAGACGGGAUCACUUGACGCAGAUUACGUAAAAGCUAAAAAAGAGAAAAAAAUUCAUUAUGCAAAUAAACUGCACUAAUAAAUAAAUUAAAAAAAAAAAAAAAAACAAAUAAAAAGAAAAAUUUCCAGACUCUCCGUUAAAAGUUUACGCUUUAUUUUGUGGAAUUUAUUUUGUUAUCUUACUUUUUCAAUUCAAGAAGACCCUGUGUGUGUUUGGCCCUGAUAUUCUGAGGGAAUCAGGGAACAACAACAAAAACAAAAAUUAAAUUAUGCAUUGUUUACAUUGCAUUGCUGUUCGCUGAAUACAACAAAACAAAAAUAUACAAAAAGAUAAAUCACCUCGUCGCAAUGAUGAUAGUCAUGAUAUGAUAAGAUAUGAAAAGAUAAGAUUAAAAAAAACCCAUUCAGCAAUAUCUAUACACACAACACAAUAAUGCGAGCGUUAUUUCAAUCAUGCUGAAAAUAUUACCGUCAGUUGCAAUUUACAGGGGGCGGAUAUCAUCAGCAGCAGCAGAAGUAGCAGAAGCAAAAGUGUUGGAAUUUAAAGGGAAUACUGCGAGUUUAGUGUUCUUCUUUUCAAAGUGCCAUCUUCGUUGUCGUCACGUUCGUCCGUCGUCAUCAUCGUCAACAUUUCGAUAGAAAAAAAAAAUAAAUUCAAAUGUUCACUCGGGCUUAUAGCAAUGUUCCCCAUCUAGACAUUAACUAUUGCUUUGCUAGCAAAAACAAAAAAUAAAACACAACACAAAAGAAGGAGGAAAUAUGAGAUUACCAAAGCCAAACGAAAAAGUGUCAAUUUUCAUUUAUUUUUUAUUAUAUUUCUGCAACAUAUUCAGCCGCCAAUGCAUAGGUCAGCAAUGGACGAGUCAAGACAGUGGCGAUGGUGCUUACAAUAAUGUUAGCUGUAUUGCUCACGACACCAAAUAUACAUGCGAUUGCCGAAAUACAAAUGAGUAUAUGACACUUCCACGCCUUGACGGAUAUGUUUAUCAAAUCGAAAUAUCAAACUGCAAGCAUAUGUAUGUUCGGCCACAUGCAUUGGCCAAUAUACAAGGCCUUCGGACGGUCAUCUUUAAAAAAGUUGAAAAUCUAAUUCUCACAUCAAAUGCUCUAUCAUUUCCAAUACACACUAGCAAUACACCAUUAUAUGUUGAAUUCAAAGAAGUCAAGAUUGAAAUAAUUGAAUCACAUGCAAUCAAUGGGAAUAUUGGAGAAAUAACAUUUAUUAGUAGCACCAUUGAAUCAAUAAGACCAUUUGCCUUUACGACUUUGAAAGAUCAUUCGAUCUUAUUCAAAAUGGACGGAGUUAAAAUAAAUAAUAUAGAACCUCAGGCUCUUAAAAAAUUCACUAUCGAUCAAUUGGAAAUUGUCAACAGUGAAUUCCUGUCUGAGGUACCAUCUAAAGUAUUUUACGAACUAGAAGUUUUGACAUUCCUGCGGAUACAAAAUGUCACCUUUAAAAAGGUCCACACGAGAGCAUUUUCAUUUAACGUUGUUAAAAAACUAUCUGUGAUAGGAAACAAGUUCGACCGAACCGAGAGUGAAUGGAUCACUGCUCAAGUUCGAGAUAGGGUUUUGAUCAAAGACAAUAACUUUGGCACAACUAGCCAUAUCGCCUUCAAAGCAAUCGAAGUAUCCAAAGAAGUAGCUUUCCUCGAACGAGUCGAAUUACAAUUCAUUAAUAACAUUGUUAAAUUCAACAACGAUCCUCAGGCUCUAGUCUUCAAUGAUAAAAUACAAUUACAAAUAACCCACCUGCAGUAUCAUAAUCAAUUUCCAUGCAAAGAAUUGGAUAAAACUCAGCCAAAAUCGCCAUUCUUUCGGACUUACUCCGAAAACAUAUACUUCCACACAAAGAACAAUAACCAAAGUUUAACAUUAAGUAAAAUCAUCGAUGUGGAUUGUAAGGAGAAAUCCUAUCUGCUGUAUAUAAUUUUAGGCAUAAUAAGUUUAAUAUUAAUUGUAAUUGUAAUAACAGCAAUAAUUGUAAUGAGAAUUGUAAAGAAGCGACGAAAACGUAUGUUGGAUGUUGUGUUACCUGAAUCAAGAACUUAUAAGGAAACACAGAUAGUAUACCAAAUUGAAAAUGCUGGCUUAUUGAAGACUGAUUUGUAACAACAACAAAACUAUUAAAUAAAAAAAAUGCACAAAAACUUACCCAAUAGGUAGAUAAGAUUCUAAAGCUUGAUUAACAGUUAAUAUGGAUUCGGAAAGAGCGAAUCCUUUUGACAGCAGAGCAUGAUGAUUUGUGAGUGUGUCUUCGAUGGUUGAUAGAUCUUCGACUUCUUUGUCAUC